AAUACAUAACAAUGUACAUUGUAUAUAUUAGCACGGCCUAGAAUGCACUACAAGACAUCUGUUCUGACUACAGAACUCGGAUAUAUAAAAACCCGCCAGCUCCGCAACUCAAAGGUCUAGAAGGUCGGGAUAGCUAUAGGGCGGACGUCCUACGGGUUCUCUUGAGGCUGAUACGCCGUAUUACAUAUGCCAACGUUUUAGGGACAAUAAUAAGAGAUAUGGGUGCUAUUAUUGGCUGAUUGUUUCAAGUCACAUUUUAGAGUAAGCACGAUACUAACACAUUCUCAGCUUAGAGAAUAUCAUCUUCUCGUUAUGAAUUAUGGAGAGAAGCCAUGUUCGGCCCAUAUUCGAUUCCUAGAUCCACUACCUGCGCCGCUGAAGAAGCUGGGGUAUCUAGUACUUAAAUCGAUUCAGCUCCAGCUUCCACGAAAUUAGUAAACUCUUAGUUAAACUUCCCUAUAUCUAUCUUCUACCAAGUUAGCUGCUGCCGACCGUUUACAAAAUACCUGGGAAAUUGACAAAAUGGAGAAUAACAAACCCACACUUCACUAUAUGGCGAAUUCGGGAUCCCAGCAAUGUCUUUGGGAGAUAGAAGAGCUGGGUAUCGAGUAUGACUUAGUCCUUCACGAACGUGCGAACGGACGCGCAGCGGCCGCUCUUAAGGACACACAUCCACUUGGGAAAGCACCACAACUAGUCACAGCUGAUGGCCGUACCAUUGCAGAGCGCAGCGCUAUCGCAUUCUAUCUCAUCGAGACAUACGAUAAAGAGGAGCGGUUCAAGGUACCCCCUGCUGGGACUCCCGGCUUUGACAGUAGCAAGAACGACAGACUGCGCGAAGAACAGCUUCUGUCGUUAGUCACGACUUCGUUGAAUCAACAUCUAUGUAUGAAGUGCGUACUAAGAGUAUUUGCGAACGCAAUGCCAUUCUUCAUCCGCCCGUUUGCUCUAGGCUUCAAUAAAAUACUCGAUAAGGCAUUUCUUGACGCUGAAGUUGACAAUAUCUUCAAAUUUCUGGAUAACGAACUAGAAGGGCGCCAAUACUUCAAUGGGACAGAACUACCGACGAGGCUCGAUUUUGUUAUACAGUGGUAUGUGGACUUUGGUGCUCAGGCAUGUUCCAUCGACAUAAGCAAAUAUCCAAGGGUGAAGAGUUGGUUUGACACGUGUACCUCUCGCCCCGCGUGGAAAAGAGCACUAGAACAGGGUAAUGGUUACGACUUGACAUUCUAGGGAAUCUGCCAAUGAAGUAGAGUAUUAGGGUUGCAGCGAUGGGGGGGUUCUCUGGUGACACAAGAAGCUCUGUUGCGGGAUCUUCUAGUUUUCCCGUUUUAAGCGCCCCUGGGCUUUGGUAGAAUAUGAUCACAUGUAACGCAGGAUGUUGCCUU